ACUGCACCUGCACCCAACAUCACCAAAAAAGGACAGCACCAGACCCACAAACCAAAGACAGCACCUGCACCCAACACCCCCCAAAAAGGACAGCACCAGACCCACAAACUAAAGACAGCACCUGCACCCAACACCCCCAAAAAAGACAGCACCAGACCCACAAACCAAAGACAGCACCUGCACCCAACACCCUCCAAAAAAGACAGCGCCAGACUCACAAACUAA